UCCUACUUUUUUCUUGCAGGCUACGCUCAUGGCUUCUGGGUAGAUGCGGCUAGGAACCUACCCAGAUUUCGCGGGACGCGAGUCGUGAAAAUUUUAACAUCCCGCACAGCCUGGUUGCUGCAUUUCGGAAAAAAUCCCUAGUUAGUUCAGGAAUUUCACGAUGCCUCUUUUCCUAUCGGAGGAGGAGCUGCAGGCCUUUCAGGGCGAUGUCAGGGCCGUUGCGCGGAAGGCGGAGGAGCAGCUAGCGUCGCUUCUCCGCCAGCUCGAGACGCACAAGGCGCAGGCGGAUGCGGCGGAGAUCAACGCGGAGCAAACCUGCUCGCUGAUAGAGCAGAAGUACCUGGCGGUGACGGACGAGAACGCGCAGCUCGAGCGCGACAAGGGAUUUCUCACCGCGGAUCUCGACCAGAAGGCGGCGGAGCUCGCGGAGAUUAAAGCGCAGGUCCAUCGCCUGCAGUUGGAAGCGAUUCAGGGGGAUGGCGAGCGGGAGCGGCUGAAAGCGGAGCUGGCGGAGGCGCAGACGAGUCGGCGGGACAUCGUGGACGUGAUCGAGCGGAAGAACCUCGAGAUCGACGAGAAGAACGCGUCGCUCAAGUCGUACCUCGACAAGAUCGUCGCCCUGACUGAUUCGCGGACCGAGUUGGAGGGUCGGCUGAGGACGGCUGAGGCAGAGGCGUCCCGCUGCAAGGCCGCCGUCACCCGCCAUGUGCAGGAGAAGGAGAUUCUGGAGCAGCACCUGGCGUGGCUGCGCGAGGACGUGGCGGCGAAGGCGAGCUUGCUGCACGAGGAGCGGCGUGCGAGGGCGGAGGGCGAGGCGGACCUGCGCAGCAAGCUGCUGGCCGCGGAGCACGAGAGGGACGACCUGCGCGCUGCCGAGGGUCGGGCCAAGGCACGGGUUGCGGAGCUGCAAGGGAUGGUCGCUCAGCUGCAACAG